AUGACCAAGGAGAAAAUAGGAAUUAAAUUCUUCCCAGACUGCAUAGUCUGGACCAAGGUCAUUGGCACUAAUCUUCCAAACAAAGAUAUUGUAGUAGGAAUGGAUGUCUAUUCAGCAGCAAUUAAACUCCAAAUUCUCCCCACAGGAAUCAAAUUCAAAAGAGAAUUCAAACCUUAUUCUAGGAUACUGCAACUGUAUUCACUUUCUAAGGUUCCUGCUGGCUAUGAAGAGAUCAAGUCCAACCUUCUCAGACUAUGUGUAGAUAGCCAUGAAAAAUUCCGCCACCCAAAACCUCUAUGGAAGAAUAAAGACUUCUUCGUUCAACUUCCCUUCAAGCUCAAUGAAGAUGUUAAUCCAACCAAGGCCACUCAUCCAGGGAUGAGUCCAUCAGAUUACGCAUUAGCUAGGGAAGAAUGCAACCAACUGCUCAAACAAGGUCUGAUAGAACCCACCAAAUCAGAAUAG